AGGCGUCUUUCGCCGGUUCUCCCAACGCCCCACUUGUUAUCUUUAUGACGAAUAUUGGUCUGAUUUACGGAGCCAUGAUGGUCGGUGGCUUGCUGGCCUUCAGGGACCUUUUCGGGUUGUGUUAACAUGCAGUUCAUCGUGUACUUCCGGAUUUAUUUUCAUGAGAGUUGGCGUACUAAGUCAUUGGUCAUUGUAAUAUGGCUACUUGAUUUGUCCCAUUCCGCACUUGUUGCAGUUACCCUUUGGGACUCCAUCAUUGCGACCUACGGUGAUCUCAGUAAAGUUGACACAAUCCCCUGGUGUAUUGGUCCUGCGAUUGAGCUUACUGCUUUGAUUACCUUCCUUGUUCAAAGCUUCUUUGCGUACCGAAUCUAUAAACUGCAAAAGAAGAAGCUCACUGUAGCGAUUCCAAUUGUUGCACUCUCUUUUGCUCGUUUAAUAAUGGCUAGCAUUACGAAUAUCGAGAUGCUCAAACUGAAAUCAUACAGCAUAUUUUUUCAGCGAUUUUCUUGGGUCUUCACUUUUGGCCUUUUACUUUCGGCAUUCGUGGAUAUCAUGAUCACAGCUUUCCUGUGCUACUUCCUUCGCAAAAACCGACCAUCUUUUACAGGCACUAUGCGUAUCAUCGACACCCUGACGUUCUGGGCAAUUCAGAAUGGCUCGAUAACAUGCGCCGCAGCCAUCGCAACAUUAGUUUGCUGGAUGACCAUGCCUUCGAACCGCAUAUUUCUAGGUCUUCACUUUGUCGUAGCAAAAUUAUAUGCAAACUCCUUUCUAGCUACUCUCAAUGCCAGAAAACAAAUAUGGAAUGGAAAUCGAUACACUCCUUCAAGCAAUCGGCCUAUGUCAAUCGUCUUUCUAGGGGAGUCUGAGCCUGGACCUGAUUCUUCGAUCUCGCAACAGGAAUCGCUGCGAAUAAAGACUCCCCAAUCAAAAGCAGUGCACCAACGGAGGGAACCGAUCCAAGUAAAUAUCGAACAGAUUGUGGAGAGCAAGGAUGAUAAUUACGAUGGGAUCGAUAGUCCGGUGUGAUGUUCUGUAGUUCGACCACCGUACUGAUGACAGCCUCAUGAUCAUUCACGACAUGUAUUUGAAAUUAACCCUUACUAACAUGCAUAUAUUCU